AACACGAGAUGGGUUGGUGUGGUGAUGAACACAGACCGUCGCUGCCUGAGCUCUAUUGUAUCUCUAUAGCGUUAGCGUAGUGUCACAUCACCUCGAGCGCUGCGCGUGGACUGUCCUCGCUGCAGUAAUCGCUGCGCCUCUCCUUUCACCCCAAAGAAACCUCACCGCAGCUGUCAGCAGAUUAGUGAGCACUUCCAUUGCGUUUACCUUUUACAGUCGCCCGAAGCAGGAAUCGCCAGACCUUCUUUUGGCUCUCCUUUACGACACCAUGGGGAAACAGAACAGCAAGCUGACCCCUGAGGUAAUGGAGGACCUGGUGAAGAACACAGAAUUUAAUGAACACGAACUCAAACAGUGGUACAAAGGCUUCCUGAAGGAUUGCCCAACUGGCCGACUCAACCUGGAUGAGUUCCAGCAGCUGUAUGUUAAGUUUUUUCCUUAUGGUGAUGCCUCAAAGUUUGCGCAGCACGCUUUCAGGACCUUCGACAAGAAUGGAGACGGCACCAUCGACUUCAGAGAGUUCAUCUGUGCCCUGUCCAUCACAUCACGAGGCAGCUUCGAACAGAAACUCAACUGGGCCUUUAACAUGUACGACCUGGAUGGAGACGGCAAAAUCACACGAGUUGAGAUGCUUGAGAUCAUUGAGGCAAUCUAUAAGAUGGUGGGGACUGUUAUCAUGAUGAAGAUGAACGAGGACGGCCUGACGCCCGAGCAACGGGUCGACAAAAUCUUCAGCAAGAUGGAUAAGAACAACGACGACCAGAUCUCAUUGGAAGAGUUUAAAGAAGCAGCAAAGGGUGACCCCUCCAUUGUAUUACUGCUGCAGUGUGACCUGCAAAAAUGAGCGUCUCGGAAAAGAGCCAGGGACUGCACAAAUGAUUAAUGUUCCAUUCAGUUUGCAGCUAUUUCCACUGAUAAAAAAAGUUGCUUGGACUACCUUUCAA